AUGGUUGUUAAUUGCGCAUUAUUCAUGCCAGUAAAAUCCUCUUUAAACUUGUCACAAUGUAUCAAAGUGUUGGUGACACAAACUCGCAGCUUCACUAGUAAGCUAAAUGAAGAACAAAUAGCAAUUCAGGAGUUAACUAGGGAUUUUGCCAAUAAACAUCUCAAGCCUAAUGCUUCAAAGCUUGACUUGCAAGGAAGGUUUCCUUUUGAUGAGAUAAAACGUCUGACAAACCUUUGUUUAAUGGGCGUCUGCGUAGAUCCACAAUAUGGGGGUCUAGGCAAAGAUUACCUAUCAUUAGCUGUCGCUGUGGAAGAGCUAUCACGUGGAUGUGCCAGUACUGGCAUGCUUCUAUCAAUACACAACUUCCUUUAUGCCAAUCUAGUUAAUGAGAAGGGCACACCGGAACAAAAAGAAAUUUUUCUAAGUGAUUUCACUAAGGGUUCUAUUGGAUGUUUUGCUUUGAGCGAACCGGAUGCUGGCAGUGAUGUAGCGAAUAUCAAGACCACAGCGAGAUUAGACGGUGACUACUGGAUAUUGAACGGUAAGAAGAGUUGGAUCACGUCAGCUGUGGAGGGCUCCGCGGUCGCCGUCUUCGCCACAUUCGACCCGCAGCUGAGGCAUAAGGGACUGGCAUGUUUCCUAGUUCCUUUGGACGCUGAAGGUGUUUUUCGUGGAAAGAAAGAGCCUCUAAUGGGCGUGAGGACUUCUAUCAGGGCGGCGACUGCUUGCGACCUCACGUUGGACGACGUGCGAAUCCCGCGGAGUUACUUGGUGGGGGAGCCCGGGGACGGGUUUAAGAUAGCAAUGGAGCAGCUCGACCAGGGCAGGAUAGGGAUAGCGGCUCAUGCAGUGGGUAUCGCUCAAGCUGCGUUGGACACCGCCUUAAACUAUGCAAAGGAAAGAGUCGCGUUCGGCAAAAACUUAACAAGAUUAUCUUCUGUUAAGGACCGCCUGACGGACAUGUGCAUCCUGGUGGAGAGCGCGCGGCUGCUGACGUACCGCGCGGCGUGCGACGUCAGCACCAAGAACAGCUCCAUGGCCAAGUACGUGGCGGGGCGCGGCGCCGCCGCCGUCGCCGACCACUGCGUGCAGAUACUGGGCGGGAACGGCCUCUCCACCAAGUACGACGCUGAGAGGCAUUACAGAGACGCCAGAGGAACUCAAAUAUACGGCGGAGUGACGGACAUACAGAAACGUCUCGUUGGACAUUACUUACUCAAAGAGAACGACGCCCUU